CCUCCCAAUUGCACAAAAGGAAAUCAAAAUGGAGUUUUCAAAAAUUUCACUAGUAAUUGUUUCCUUCAUGGCCUUGAUCAUGACUCAUCUCUCCUUAGCCCAAAAUUCCCCACAAGACUUCCUUGCACCCCAUAAUGCAGCUCGUGCGGAAGUUGGGGUCCGGCCCGUGACGUGGAACGACACCGUCGCGGCAUAUGCCCUAAACUAUGCUACUCAAAGAAGUGCUGAUUGCAACAUGCAACAUUCUCAGGGACCAUAUGGUGAGAACCUCGCUGGAGGCUCCGGUGAGUUGACAGUGUCGGAUGCAGUGAAGAUGUGGGUGGAUGAGAAGGCAAACUAUGACCACAAUUCUAAUUCAUGUGUGGGUGGUGAGUGCCUGCAUUACACUCAAGUUGUUUGGAGCAACACCGCACAAAUAGGGUGUGCUAGGGUUCAGUGCCAGAAUCAGGGGUGGUUUGUCACUUGCAACUAUUAUCCUCCAGGAAAUUAUGUGGGCGAACGGCCUUACUAGGGUGGUUUUUGAUUAUGUUCUAAGGUCAAUUACUAGAGAUCUUAUAUAUAUGUGUGUGCGUGUGUUUCAUGGUUAUGUAGUAACUAAUGAAUAUGGAGAGGAAAUAUAUAAAUAGUUAUCCCCAAAAUUAUGAAAAUAAAUAUGUUGUUGCAUGGCUUUGCAUGCCUACGAAUAAUAUUCAAGAGUUGUUUGUCUGUUGUAGUUAGUACAUUUGGUGUAAUUUUUAAAGUAUGUUUGUAUGUUUU